ACACCGACCAACCAGUUGGAAAUUAGUGAAUGAUUUUGUAAGCCAAAUGUCGCUUCACAUCCAUCAAGCAAACUUUAGAUGAAGGCACACUUCCUUCAUGCUCAGAUAAACAAAUAACUUGAAAACUUUGAAACAUCUUUCCCUUUGUUAUCCUGAAAAGCGCAUUCAUGGCAAGUGCUUCUGCGGUCUCAGCUCAUGUUAGAAGGCUUGAGGGGAAAGUGGCGAUUAUCACUGGUGGUGCAAGCGGCAUAGGUGAGGCCACUGCAAGACUCUUCUCUAAGCACGGAGCACACCUUGUCAUAGCUGACAUUCAAGACGAUUUGGGCCUCUCUCUUUGCAAACACUUGGAAUCCGCUUCCUAUGUUCACUGCGACGUGACAAAGGAAGAGGACGUUGAAAACUGCGUGAACACAGCGGUUUCCAAGUAUGGAAAACUAGACAUCAUGCUUAAUAACGCAGGUAUAUGUGAUGAGAUCAAAACAAGCAUACUAGACAACAACAAGUCUGAUUUUGAGAGUGUCAUAAGCGUGAACUUGGUUGGUCCUUUUCUGGGAACAAAGCACGCUGCAAGAGUCAUGAUCCCUGCUAAAAGGGGAAGCAUAAUUAACACAGCUAGUGUUGCUGGAACCUUAGGUGGAGUGGCUACACAUGCCUACACAAGUUCAAAGCACGCGCUAAUUGGACUGAUGAAAAACACUGCGGUGGAGCUUGGACAGUUUGGUAUUCGGGUGAAUUGUGUGUCCCCUUAUGUGGUUCCCACACCGUUGACCAAGAAACAUGCCAAUAUUGACGAAGAAGGAGUUCGUGAGAUUUAUUCCAACCUAAAAGGUGUUCAUCUUGUGCCGAACGAUGUGGCCGAAGCUGCUCUUUACUUGGCAGGUGAUGAGUCUAAGUAUGUUAGUGGUCACAAUCUCGUGUUAGAUGGUGGGUACACUGAUGUAAAUAUAGGAUUUUCUGUGUUUGAUCAAAAUAAACUUAACUAAUUGCUUCUUCUCUUUUUCUUCCUUCGUGUUAGAUGGUGGGUACACUGAUGUAAUUAUAGGAUUUUCUGUGUUUGAUCAAAAUGAACUUAACAAUCUCGUGUUAGAUGGUGGGUA